UAUAAGCGGUUGUUGACGGUGGACCGAGGCGCACGUCGCAGCAGCGAGAGUGGCCAGAGGACUAUUCGCUAAUCUUUGGGAAUAUUAAACGCGUGGAUAUUUUUGGAAGCGAUGCGGAGAUGCUGAAAUGAGCGUGUGAAAUGGUCUCAGUUCGUAAAGUGAGGAUAACUUCCGCUGCCUGUUGGAUGAACACGAGCAGAACGGCUCUGAGGAAACGCUGCUGCUGCAUUCAUAAACACUUCUUUAGGACUCACAACAACCCCUGAGCUUUGUUUUGGGGUCAUUAAACGCAUCGUUUCCCUGCUUUGCACGCGUGUUGACGAUGGCCGAGGAAGGUAAAAUGAACACUGAGCAUCUCGGAGGAGUUGUCAGGCUCCGAGAGGAACACGAGAAGGUGGUGAGAGACUGUGACAGUCGCCUGCAGCACUGGAAGAAGGUGUCAGGUGACUAUGAAGCCUUGAAUGAGCGCCUUCAGACUCUGCCAGACCAGCUGAGUUAUGACAUCAUGGUGCCGUUCGGCCCUCUGGCCUUCAUGCCGGGGAAACUCGUGCACACCAACGAGGUCACGGCGUUGCUCGGGGACAACUGGUUCGCCAAGUGCUCGUCCAAGCAGGCACAGAAACUCGUCAACCACAGGAUGAAAUACGUGAAGAGAGAAAUGGAUGCCCUGUCGAAGACCAAGAAAAACUUUGAAGCCAGAGCUGGUUUUGCGAAGGAUUUGGAAACGAUCUCGGCUAGUAAAGGCGACUGUAUCGACAUUAGAGAAGAAGAGGGAAACCAUGACGCCGCUCUCACCAAAGGAAAGCAGAGGAUAGCUCACAAACCAAACUCGAAGCCCAAAUGUGAAGCAGUGUUGGAUCUGAAAGAGGAGGAGGAGGAGGAGGAUGAAGAUGAAGAGGAGGGUAGAGAUGGAGGGAGCAGAAGAGCCGUCCUGACGGAGGAGGAGCUGUGGGCUCGUUUGGACGAGCUGGAGAAACAGGAGGAGCUCCGAGACGAGCAGGACAGAUUAUCAGAUACUCCAGACAUGAACGGUGAGGACACAUCGUCUCUCUCCUCAGAGGAGGAGAAGGACGGAGAAGCUGCAGCUCCCGUGAACGGACUCAGUCUGAAGCCGAGCUGGACCUCUCCUCACAGUGAAGCUCCGCCCACUGCGGACAGGAAGGAGGAAGAGUGCGAUGAGGAUGAGGAAGGGGACGGCAGCUGUUUGCCCACCAUCUUUUUCUCUCACACCGUCGAACCAAAGAAGGUGAGGAUCAACACGGGGAAGAACACCAUGCUGAAGUUCAGCGAGAGGAAAGAACAGAAGGAGCACUCGAAGAAGAAGAAGAAAAACGGACACAAUAACGGACACUCGCUUCACGAACUUCACAAAAUCACCACGCCAGCAGACAUCUACAGGUUGUUCGUGGAUGUGAAGAACGGCGAGCCCGUCCCCAGGAAGUCCAUCCUGAAGUCCCGCAGCCGAGAGAACAGCGUGUGCAGCGACACCAGCGAGAGCAGCGCCGCGGACUUCGAGGAGCGCCGGAUGAUCGGGCGCAGCUUCAGCCACGACGAGUUGACGCACAGCGACACCAGUGACGGCAUCACGGAGGAGGACAGUCCCACGGCGGUCCCACUGCACCCCGCCAGCAGAUUCGAGGCCUUUUCAGGUACGGUGGUCGAAAAGGACCCGAUGCCUUCGGCCGUUCCUCAUCUGACCAUCGUCCCUCCCGCUCUGCCGACUAUUCUGGAGAGGAAACAGGAGGAGGUGACGUCGGACGCCCCACCGCCUGAACAAGUGCCGAAAAGGGUGUCCAAGUUUAAAGCUGCCAGGCUGCAGCAGAAGUGACUGAACAAACAUUAACUUUUCACUACCACUUCUUAUUUCUGCUUUUUGUCUUUGUUUUUUUUUCUACAACUGAUAAACCGGCUCCUCUCCUCUCCUCUGGUCUCUUCUCCUUUCUUCCGGUCACUGAGUUUUGAAAGUUCAGUGAGGUAAAGCACAGUAUUUACAGUAACAGAUCAUUUCCUGUGUCAAACACUGAUUUUAAAUCCCGGUCAAUGAUCCUCCUCAUGGUAUUUUUCCUCUUCUGACUGUAAAAUCACUUCUUUCUCCAUCUCUCUGUGAAGCUUGUUCAUUACCUGUCUGCACAUCACCUGCUUCUGAUCCAUGCUCGUGCCAGUUUAGAUUCAGUAUGUAGACUCCGCCUGCUAGGACGAGUUGCCUUCAUUAGUUUGUUCUAAGUUUUGAUCAUCAAACCGAAUCAGGAGCCGCGUGCUCUCCUUUCACCUUCACUCCACCUGCCUAAUGAAUGUAUGUGCUCCUUUGUGACGAGCUUUAUGUGAAGACAAGAAAAUUAUACUGAUCAAAACUAAGAUGAAAAUAAACACAUUUGUCUACUA